GGAUUUAUAACGAAUCAUUGCUUCCCCCACGGAGAGGAAGCCUGGUCUACGCUGAACCGGGGUCUGAGACAAACUUAGUAGAUCUCGCGUCAGCUUUUCGGUGGCUGGCGAGUUCAACUCCGCCUGGUGGACGUUCUAGGCAGACCGUGGCAACUUCAAUGCCUCGGAGGGGGAAGUUUGGUACCACUCCCUGAGGACGUUCUAGCCAGAACUUCCGUCGCUCUUGAGUUCCCAGAGCGGUCCUGCUGGACGAGACGGUUCUCGGACCUUCUUCUCUAUGGCUCCGCGCCGCCCGAACGGGAGGGCGGCAGGGACGUUCCUCCUUUAAACCGAGAGGCCGCGGCGACAGCAGGAGUAGGAGCAGCAGCGGUGGUGGCCGUCGUAGUGGCGGCGGGGGGAGGGUCGUCAGAGCUGCGCGGAGAUGGAGCCCGGAAUGGAGACGGAGACGUUGGAGUCGAAGAUCAAUAGAGCUACAAAUCCUCUAAACAAGGAUCUGCAAUGGGACAGCAUUAAUGCUUUUUGUGACCAGCUCAAUAAGGAAUUAGAGGGCCCACCACUUGCCACCCGACUCCUAGCCCAUAAGAUUCAGUCUCCACAAGAAUGGGAAGCCAUUCAGGCUCUCACGGUAUUGGAGUCCUGUAUGAAAAACUGUGGCAAGCGCUUUCACGAUGAAGUGGGCAAGUUCCGCUUCCUUAACGAGCUCAUCAAGGUGGUGUCCCCCAAGUACCUAGGAACUAGGACUCCAGAGAAAGUGAAAUCCAAGAUCUUGGAGCUUAUGUAUAGUUGGACACUGGGACUACCCCAUGAAGUGAAGAUUACAGAAGCCUAUCAAAUGCUGAAAAAGCAAGGAAUUGUAAAAUGUGACCCUAAGUUGCCAGACGAUGCACCCUUCCCAUUGCCUCCCCCAAGACCGAAGAAUGUCAUCUUUGAUGAUGAAGAGAAGUCCAAAAUGCUGGCUCGCCUGUUGAAAAGUUCCCACCCUGAAGAUCUCCGAGCUGCCAACAAGCUCAUCAAAGAGAUGGUGCAGGAGGACCAAAAGCGAAUGGAAAAGAUCUCCAAGAGGGUGAAUGCCAUUGAGGAGGUGAACAACAAUGUGAAGCUCCUGACUGAGAUGGUGACUAACUAUAGCAAGGGAGAGACAACGGAGAGCAAUGAGGACCUCAUGAAAGAGCUGUACCAGCGCUGUGAGCGCAUGAGGCCCAUGCUUUUCCGACUUGCCAGUGACACAGAGGACAAUGAUGAGGCAUUAGCGGAAAUUUUGCAGGCCAAUGACAACCUGACACAAGUUAUCAACUUGUACAGACAGGUUGUGAAAGGAGAAGAGAUCAAUGGGGAGGCACUGGCCGGUCCUCUGAGAGGUAGUACAUCAGCACUUUUGGAUCUAUCAGGGCUGGACAUGCCAACCACAAGCCCUUCAUACCCAGCCAUACCAACUUUCUCAGGUGGUGACUCGGCAGGUUCCGUGCCCGAACAAAGCAGUUCUGUGUCCUUGCUGGAUGAUGAACUCAUGUCUUUAGGGCUUAAUGACCCAGCAACAUCUUCCGCCCAGGGUACAGAUAGCAGUGGUUGGAACAGUUUUCAGUCAUCAGACAGCCCUGAGUUCAGCGUCCCUUCAGCGCCACCUGCCUCGGUGGGGAAGACAGAUGGUGGACCUCCUCCACCAGCACCUCCUACGGCCACCAGUGGUAUGGAUGACCUGGACCUGCUGGGCAAGACUUUAUUGCAACAAUCUCUUCCCCCAGAAUCUCUUCAAGUCAGAUGGGAGAAGCAACCUCCACCUCGGUUAACACUGCGUGACCUCCAGAACAAGAGCACUUCCAGUCCAGCUAUGAGCACCAACAGCACUCUGCCUCUCUUCCCAAGCCUCUCUCCAAACCCUCCUAGCACCCUGCCCUUGACUUCGGAACAGCCAGCAUCUGCUGGGGUCCCUCGAGGAUCACCAACACCUUCCGGAGCCAUGGCUCCUCCAGCAGGUCUCCCUGCUUCCACACCUCCUUUGGAAAUCUCUUUGACAAAUGUCACUGUGCCUCUAGAAUCUAUCAAACCAAGCAACAUCCUCCCAGUGACUGUGUAUGACCAACAUGGCUUCCGUGUUCUCUUCCAUUUUGCCAAGGACUCUUUGCCUGACCGGCCUGAUGUUCUGGUUGUGGUCAUCUCCAUGCUCAGCACAGCCCCCUUGCCCAUCAAGAACAUCAUCUUUCAAUCUGCUGUUCCCAAGGUGAUGAAGGUGAAGCUGCAGCCACCCUCCGGGACAGAACUUCCAGCAUUCAACCCAGUUGUUCCCCCCACAGCAAUCACCCAGGUCCUCCUCCUUGCCAACCCGCAGAAGGAGAAAGUGAGACUGCGAUACAAACUGACCUUCACCAUGGGAGACCAAACGUACAAUGAGAUGGGCGAUGUGGACCAGUUCCCCCCUCCAGAGUCAUGGGGAAACCUCUAGUGCUUCAACUCGUGUGCUGUGUCAGAUUUGAAAGGAGUCUGCCUUUCCCAGGACCAGAGCCUUCCCACAGCUGUCAAGCUCAUGGACUCUGCUCUCAGACAGGAAUGCUGGCAGUCAUCUGGAUGCUGUGGGUGGAGGAUGGGUAGGCGGAGUACAGAGAGGGAAUGCCUCUCCUGCGGUUGGUGGGGCAGGAAUGGUGGAGUGAGUUGUUCUCUGUUCUUCAGACUUGGUUUUGGAGCCCCCUGCUCUCAACUUGCUCUUCCAGCUCUGCUUUCUCUUCCAUAGAAUGGUGGUCAUGAUCAGCUGACAUUGGUUCUAAGAAACCCAACCACGGCACUCUGCCCCCUCCUCUCCUGCCUUACAUCUCCCCACCAUCCAGCUCUUCUACACUCCACUCUUCGCAAGCAAACCUCAAGUGUUCAGGACACUGGGUUGAUACUUGGGAUAAUGCCUCUUGUUAAGAUCCUGUUUGCUACAAAACAAGGCUUGAUUGCUGUUUCAGGUGCGGAAAAAAUAGAUUUUUGUCUCAAGAGGGCUACUUGGCCCAUUCAUGAACCUGUGUGCAAAAGCAGCUUUAAGACUACAUGGGUAGUUUGGCUGUUAUAUUUAGGAGGUCUCUGUUCCCCUAAAAUGGGGUACUUAGCAUGGGCUGCUCUUUGUCAUAUCUUUAGAGCUACAACAAGUAGAAUCUGACUGAAUUAAAGGGGUGGGCCAAGAAGGGAAGAGGGUAGAGUGCCUAGUCUAAAAUGCCUUAACAUGAGAAGGAUUUGUGUUUCAGCCUUAUUGUACAGUUGUGAAAGGGUUGCACUGAAUGUGUGGAUGCUGUUCCAUCCCGUAUUUCCUCUUUCUGGAGACAGAAACUGAUAGUGCAAAGAUGCAGGAUAAUGAAAGACCCACUUCCUGAACUCUACUGACUACACUGUGCACAGAGUCCUUCUACUGCUCUGGACUGUGGAUUCAGUGUCUCUGGCCCACCAGGAAGCAGCACUGAAAAAGAGGAAGUCAGGAGAGAAAAGGGUUGCCAUAACAAUGUUCAUUUCUCUGUAGAUCAUUCCCACCUGUAGCUGCCCCUCUUGUCCUUCCCACUGAUUGGUGGGCUUCAAGGCAUGGCUUCAUGAGCUAAAUUAUGCCCGGGAGUGAGGCCUCAACUAGUGACUGUUGGCUGGGAUCAGUUGCUCCUUGGGAGGCAGAAUUAAGCUUUCCAGACAAGAAGUGGGUGGGAUUGUGCUGAGAAAUACUGUUUUACUCAAGUGGCUCAUGCUUUUGGCUUCAGGCAGUGACCGGCUGUUUUGAAACCCAGGUCUUUCUGAAGUGAACAUCUGUUAGAACUGGAUAUUUUUAUUUUUUUGGUCUCUCUUUCAAGGUUAUCUUUGCCCCCCCCUUUCUAGAAUUGUUUCAUUUUGGUUCUUGAAACAGACUUUUGCACAUAUACUGUAUACAUGUGUGCGCAAAUUCUUCACAUAGAAAACAAGUUUAAAACAGACUGUGUGAAAUCUGCUGUAUUAAUGGGAAAUAAAAAUAUUUCUUCCCUAAA